UGUCCAGCCAUUCUGCCCGAUGGUAUCGUACAACUUGGGUCCCACACUGGGAAUGAGUAGGAAAUGUGAGCUGAGUGAUACAGAUCACGUGGGAUUUCCUGAUCACGUGGUAGGGAAGGAAGGUGCCGAAUAUUGUCCUAUUAGGAGCCCGUGUUCUUCAAAGUCUUGUCCAGCCGACCUGAUAUGCAAACCCGACUUCUCAUGGGAUACUUUUCACUGUUCUUGUUACAUAUCCAAACCUCUUGGAAUGGAAGAUGGACGGAUACCAGACUCAGUUAUAACAGCAAGUAGUGUGUACUCGAUUGGCCACGAGGCUUUUCAGGGGAGACUUAAUUACGUCGCGCCGUCAAAUCUAUCUCAUUAUUCUUCCUCUUGCUGGAGUGCUAAAAUCAAUCAGGUGGGCGAGUACUUGCAGGUGGAUCUUGGUGGUGUUAUCAUCACCAUGGUAGCGACACAAGGAAGGGAUUCUGGUGCUAAUAUUCUGCAAUACGUAAAGAGUUAUACUUUGAAAUUUAGCCAAAACGCGACAUCCUGGAUUGAAUAUAAAGAGGACAGACGCAUAAAGCAUUUUCAAGGCAAUUCAGAUAGGACGACGGUUGUUAUCCACAAGCUCGCCGUUUCCAUUGAAGCGCGUUUCGUAAGGAUCGUAGUUCAAACGUGGCUAGGACACAUCUCACUAAGGAUGGAGCUCUAUGGCUGGCCCGAUAUUUCAAAGCCUUCAUGAUUAGUGCUAAUCCUAGGUUAGCUCUAAAUAAUACCUACAGAUGAACCUUAGACUAGCACUAAUCGGGCUUUGAACCAGUGAGGUAAGAAAAAUACACAGGAAACAAGGCCUGACCACCAUGUUGGAUGACCAAAUCUCACAUCCAGCAUGGCGGGUAUGACGUCACAAUUACCACGCUCAAUGUUCUUCAUACAUUCUAUCUAUAUAUACACCUACUUGCAAGAACGUUGUCAUACGAAAA